GUCGCAUUUGACACGUCAGAAGGAGGCUGCCAAAUCAGGAAUUGGCUUUCCGCUCGUUUGACCAAUCACCAGUCGGCUGUGGUCGCCUGCCGAUGACGCGAUUCGAGCAUGUCGGUGAGCGGAGGAUGUUGAGGCUCCUCUCCAGAGUCUUUGUAUCUACGCAAACUCAAAGAAGCCCAAAACCUGCCGCUGUGCACCGGAGCCUCUGCUCUGCAGCCUCAGCGUGCUCUGGCUUUGCUGUGAAGCCCACAAUGGAGCCUAAACUGUACCGACCCCCACCAGAGGUCCGGGGUAUGACCACUCUGGACAAAGACGCUUUCACACAGACCGUCACUGUCCCAGCGCUACGGGUGCCUACUGGGGUCUUAAAUAAAGUAGUGAAGAGCCUGAGAAAGUCGACCAUCCAGCGCCCAGGGGUGCCCAGAGUGGUACAAGAUAAAGAGGAGAGUAGUGACUUUCGUUUAGUCCUGUUGGACCCCCACAAUGUGUCCUCGCCAAGCUCCUUCAGUGAAGCUGAAGCUGAGGCUCUGAGGUCAUUUGGUGUCACCGAGGAGCUGCAGUACUACGACCUGCGGCUCACCUAUCACAACCUGAAGAGCGAAGAAGUGCUGGAGGCUGUGCUCCCUCAGGGUCAGGAUGUGACCUCUGGGUUCAGCCGGGUGGGACACAUCGCACACAUGAACCUGAGGGACCACCAGCUCCCAUACAAGCACCUCAUAGGUCAAGUCAUCAUUGACAAAAACCCUGGUGUUACCUGUGUGGUCAAUAAGACAAACAUGAUCGACUCCACUUACCGCAACUUCAAAAUGGAGGUGAUAGCUGGAGAGGAGAACAUGGUUGCCAAAGUGAAAGAAAACGGAGUGACAUACGAGUUUGAUUUUUCUCGUGUGUACUGGAAUCCCCGGCUGAGCACAGAGCACCAGCGUGUGGUGCAGCUCAUCAAACGUGGUGACACGGUGUUUGAUGUGUUCGCUGGCGUCGGACCCUUCGCCGUACCAGCUGCCCGCUCCGGUGCCAACGUGUUGGCCAACGAUCUCAACCCCGAGUCCUACCGAUGGCUGCAGCACAACUGCAAACUCAACAAGGUGGAGAGCAAAGUCCGAACCUUCAACCUGGACGGCAGAGCGUUCAUCCAGGGGCCUGUGAAGCAGGAGCUGCCUGCGCUGCUGAGUGGGAAGGCCAGCGUUCAUGUAGUGAUGAACCUGCCAGCCUUGGCACUGGAGUUCCUGGAUGCAUUCAGAGGCCUGUUGCACCACGAGCCUUGCUGUGAUGAGAACCUACCCACAGUGCACUGCUAUAGUUUCUCUAAAGAUGACAACCCUGACAUGGAUGUGGUGAAGAGGGUUUCCCGCAGCCUUGGAUUCCCUCUUAAGAGCCACUGUUCAGUGCAGUUUGUGCGUAAUGUAGCACCCAACAAAGAUAUGAUGUGUGUGAGAUUCACAAUCCCUAAAGAGGUCCUCUUCAGCAGUGAUCACGAACAGACAGAGCCUUCAGCAGAACCAGCGCCAAAGCGACAGAAGUGUGAAGAAGCUACAGAUUCGACAUAAUCAUCAUGUUGACCCGGCUAAGGAAUGCAAGGAAACUUCAAUUGAGAAUUUAUUUUAUUUUUUUAACAACUGAGUUUUACUGAUGAUUUUUUUUUUUUAUUAUUACAGAUGUUGUUGCAUCUUGUUAUAAGAAAUCAGAAUGUAUUUGAACUAAUAUUAUUCAGAGCUUGGCAUCAUACAUCCUAUGUUUCACUUUUAAAUAAAUCGAGAAAACAAUGGA